AUGAGGUCUUUUACUGUGGCUGGUCUGGCUAGUCUUAUUGCGUCGACUUCUGCGCUGCCAACGGGCCAUCAGGAUGUCUGGGGCAAGCUUCGUGAGAACAUCAAACAUGUUGUUUACCUCACCCUUGAGAACCAUUCCUUCGACAAUAUUGCGGGCUACUGGGAUUUCCAUCCGGACAUUGACAACUUGCGCAAUAUCUCCUUCUGCAAUGAGUAUACCAAUCCAAACUGGACUGUUUGGGGCGAGCCAUUAGAGAUCUGCGCCAAACCUUACGAGACCGAAGUGCCGCUCAAAGACCCGGAUCACAACUUUGCAGGUGUCAGCUACGAGAUCUUCCGCAAGUGGAAUCCCACAAGCACAGAUGUCCCUAACAUGGGUGGCUUUAUUGAGCGGCAGUCUGAGAAGUACAGCGAAACCCCCGGCGAUGCCUCGUUCGUCAUCAAGGCGUAUGAUGAAAAAAAGACUGCGCUUCUCGCGGAACUGGCCAAGAACUUCGGGUUCUUCGAUUCGUAUUUUGCUGAACACCCGGGCCCUACCAACGUGAACCGUCAGUUUGCUACCUCUGGAUCCUCAUGCGGCUUUGUCGAUAAUACCGAUCAAUCGGCGGGAUUUUGGAAUAAUGUGACCGGCACUACCUGCGCUACAUCUGUAUUUGAGUCCCUGAGCAAAAAAAAUAUCUCUUGGAAGAACUACUACGAAACGGACAUUAUCGAUGCCUUCAUGUACAAGUGGGUUCAGGACAACGCCAUGGGUCAACUCGCUCACGCCAGCGAGUUUUACAAGGACCUGAAGGACGGCACCCUGCCCACUUUCUCUUAUAUCAACCCAGAAUGCUGCACCAUUGACUCAAUGCAUCCAACUAGUCCCAUGGCUUCUGGUGAGCAAAUGGUCAAGCACCUGUACGACGCUCUCCGAAGCUCCAAAUACUGGGACAACGUUCUGCUAAUUAUCAACUUUGAUGAGCAUGGCGGUUUCGCUGAUCAUGUUGCUCCGCCUAUGAACAUCCCGAAGCCUGAGGACGGCAUCGCAUUCACCGGCAAAUCCGACGGUCACAAUGUCACCUAUGAUUUCUCGCGUCUAGGCGUCCGUGUACCUGCUUUCCUGAUCUCUCCUUAUAUUCCUGCCAACACCCUUAUCCAUGACCAAGGCACUAUAUACGCCGACAACUCGGCCUACACACAUAGCUCUAUCCUACACUUUCUGCAGGAGCUUUGGGGUCUGGAGGGGCUAAACAACCGCGUGCAGUGGGCCAAGACCUUUGAGACUGUCUUUACGAACGACCGUAUUGCGGACAAGCCCAAGGCAUUGAGUACCCCUACGUGGUAUGGUGGCAGCGGUGAGCCAGAGCCUAGUCCUUUCUACUUGUUGAACCAGGAUUAUGCGUAUUACGCUGAGCAGUAG